GAGCGGCGUGAGGAGGAGCUGUUUCUCAACAGCACGACAACCCCGGAGAGGGAAGGUGGUGUUCAGUGUUAAUGAAGUUGGUCUUAUGUCAACUAAUGGAGCAGAUGCGACGGAGAAAGUAAAGUCUGCAGUUAUUCACCUUUCAGAAACGUCUUCAACGGUCACUUCUAACCACUAUUUUAACACCACGACACAGUGUGCAGCAACAACGCCCCGGGGCUGAAAUUAAGCACUCGCUAUGUCUGAUGGGGACUAUGAUUACCUCAUCAAGUUCCUAGCCCUUGGUGACUCUGGCGUGGGUAAAACGAGCUUCCUCUACCAGUACACGGAUGGCAAGUUUAACUCCAAGUUCAUCACUACAGUUGGAAUAGACUUCAGAGAAAAAAGAGUGGUAUACAAAUCAACGGGUCCAGAUGGAUCUACAGGUAGAGGACAGAAGAUCCACAUGCAGCUGUGGGACACUGCGGGACAGGAGAGGUUUCGGAGUUUGACGACGGCCUUCUUUAGAGAUGCAAUGGGUUUCCUCCUCUUGUUUGACCUCACAAAUGAACAGAGUUUCCUCAAUGUCAGAAACUGGAUGAGUCAGUUACAGAUUCACGCAUACUGCGAAAGUCCAGAUGUCGUUCUGUGUGGCAACAAAUCUGACCUGUCAGAUCAGAGAGCAGUCAGUGAAGAAGAGGCCCGUGAACUGGCAGAGAAGUACGGAAUCCCAUACUUUGAGACAAGUGCUUCAAACGGGCAGAACGUCAGCCUGGCCGUGGACGUCUUGCUGGAUCUCAUCAUGAAGAGGAUGGAGCGAUGUGUUGACAAGUCCUGGAUCCCUGAUGGGACCGUCCGAGCUAAUGGACCCACGAACCCAGACCUCUCACAGGCCUCUGAUAGGAGCAAAUGUGCAUGUUAGACUAAUGAUGAGCCAUUUUGGUGAUAUGUCUGUGUUGAUAAUAGUGGUGAAAAAAUAGGAAGAUAACCAAGUUUAACAUACAUACAUACAUACAUACAUACAUACAUACACACACACACACACACACUCACACACACUCACACAUACACACACAUACACACACAUACAUACAUACAUACAUACAUACAUACACACAUACAUACACACAUAUAUGUGUGUAUGUAUGUAUGUGUAUAGUUAUGUGCCCAUAGCCCCACCAACCAGUGCAUUACUGAUGUACUUCAGUUCAGAGUUAAGUGCCUUUUUGAACAUGGGCAUUUCAUUUCAAGUCAUAUAAUGGGUCUUUUGAAUAAUUAAUUAAUAUUGAAGUGUGGGAUAUUUAUUUGUUAUGAUGCCUAGCUGAAAUGUCCGAUUUUAGUCAUCAGCUGGAUAAGCUGAUUAUAUUUUCAGAUAGAAACUUUGUGCUCCAAGUCGCAGUGAAGUGAGCCCUGCCAGGUGUGCUAUAAAUAUACUGUUAAUACGCUUUACUUGCUUUAAGGUUAGUGAAGAAUUACACUGCAGUUAACUCAAGAAGAAGCCACUUCUGUUUUUCGUUCUACAGUCAGAUAAACAUUCACUGUGAUACCUGCAGUCACGCUUUGAUGGCAGAGAGAAAUUUGCUAUGGAUGUAGAAAUUUAAGGUCGCCAGUUAUGUGCUACUGAUGCUCUACUGAAUGUCUAGCUACAAUCUCACCGGUUUAAUGGACACUUAACACUCAUGUUUUUUCUUUUCUAAAUUGAUGUGCUUGUUUGCCUCCAAAAUGUGAAUUAAGGAAGACAGUUUGAAUAAGUACAUAAUUUCAUAAUGUACAGCGACACGUUUGGCCAAUUACAAAUACUGAUGCUCAGUAGUUUGAUAAGAGGAAUAAAUGUGUCAUAAAAGGCAAAAGUAAAAACUGAGCAGGAACUCAGGUAAUUCAUACUGCUGUAUUAGAGUCUCAAAGCAAAAAAUAAGCUUGAUAUAUUUUAAAGAAAGAAAUAAAAAUCCCUGUGAUGGAUUGGCGACUUGUCCAGGGUGUACCCCGCCUCUCACCCGAUGUCAGCUGGGAUUGGUUCCAGCCCCCCCGCAACCCUGUACACAGGAUAACCGGUUGAAGAGUGAGUGAGUGAGUGAGAAAUGUAAAUGCAAAAAAAGUAUCUCUGGUGCAUUUUUGGACUGUUUGAAAAAGGGUGUUAUUUGACUUCUAAAAUCUAUUUGGAGACAUCUAAUGAAAGUUCAGUCAAUUACAUUUUAAUUCAGUGCUUCAGGUUUAAAAACAUUAUUCUCAGCAACUAUUUAGAGAUGUUUAAAACAACUGCCUACAUGGUUUCUGCUGCCUCUCAAUGAAAUACAUACAAAUUUAUGAUUCUCAUAAAGAGCCCCCAUAGAGUCAAUCUGUGUCAACAUUGAGUAACCAUCAUGAAUUUAGUCCCCUGCAUUGCUCAUUUUUUAAAUCAUUAUUCACUUGUAAAAGUGCCUUCACACCUUAUGCCCAGGCCCUAGGAUGAUAAAAAUAUAUGAGAAUAUUUGUCAUUCCAGGGGGUCCCACUGUGUUUUAUAGGUAAUGGGCCGCCUCGCCUGAAACAAUGAUCAUUUUUGCAGCAGUAAUAGAAAAUGUAUACAUUUUUAUGAAAUAAAACAAUAAACUUCAGGGUAAAUUAGCCGAGUUGCUAUCUCAAACAGCAAAUCCUCCAUUUUAAUAGUGGCUAUUGUUUAGGCCGUUGUCUACUGAUUUAAUAUAAGACCAGAUGUAUCAGGGUGAAACCUGAAAAUCCAAGCAGUACAUGUGGUGAAAAGAGCUGUUAGGUGCUAGAGUGCCGCUCCACUGCUGACCUAACAUUACAGGAUGGAAAGUGUUUUGUUUCACGUAUUAAAGUGACUGUGUUAAUUAGGCAGUGCACAGUAGGCUGUUGAAAACUCGUAAACCCAGAUUUUUAGUUGGCAAAGAUAUAGUCAUUAAGUUUGAAUGCUCACCCUUUCAGAUCAGUUUAUAAUACUAUAUUUUAUUUUCCAAAAAUGAAGAAGAGUAUUUACACUUAGUAAAACACUGAAAUGGUUUUGUAAGAUUGUUUGUUCCAACUGUAUUUAAUAGUUUCACACACAAAUCCCCAUUAUUUGUAUUAAAAUGUCAAUUAUACCUGUA